AACAAGGGCUGAGGAGGAGAGAGGAAAUAGGAAAAGAGGAGGAAAAGAAAAGAGGCUCACACUACAGCCUCAUCCAUGUUCUCUUUCCCCCACCUAUCUCAACCCAAACAACUCUCACCGCUUUCUAACGCCCUUCAAAUUCUAUUUCAUAUACACACCCAGCCUUACCCAUCGGAAAUUCUCUGAAUUUUUUCUUGUUUAUUUUUCAUAAUUAUCUCAAAGUUUUUCUCCUUUCUUCUUGUUGCUAUCGAAGAAGAAAGAUCAAUUAUAAUUUUAGUUAAUAUUUUGUUUUAUAAAUUAAGGUAGGAGUAAACGAAGUUGUAGGUUGUUUUUUGUCGGUAAAUUAUGGGAUUAGAUGAUGUGGAUCUUCCGGACGACGGUGACGGAGGCGGUGGAGGAGAAGAUAAGGCAUCAGCGGUUGCGUGUUCGAUUUGCCUAGAAGCUGUUACCGACAAUGGAGAUAGAUCUUGGGCUAAACUCCAAUGUGGACAUCAAUUUCACCUCGAUUGCAUUGGUUCUGCCUUUAACAUCAAGGGACAAAUGCAGUGUCCCAACUGUCGGAAAAUUGAGAAAGGUCAAUGGCUUUAUGCCGGUGGUUGUCGUCCCCUACCUGAGUUCAACAUGGAUGAUUGGGCCCAUGAUGAAGACCUAUAUGAUCUGAGCUACGCCGAAAUGUCAUUUGGAGUUCACUGGUGUCCUUUUAGUGGAUUAACUCGGCUGCCAUCGUCUUUUGAGGUAGAGGAGCAGGUUCACACUCCUCCAAGUUUCGAACAUGUGAGCCAACUAAGGCUGGACCAAGUUCAAGUGGGAGCAAGUGAAGGGGAUCUUUCAUCUAGUGCAUAUCAUGAUCUUCUCGGUCAGCAUGCUAUAUUUGCUGAACACACGGCUGUAUCAUCUGCUGCUCAUCCAUGCCCAUAUGUUGCCUAUGUUGGAAUUCACCCAUCAUCCUCAAAUUCGAGUGGAAGUAUCAAUGAUGGUCCUAAUUUCAACAAUCAUUGGAAUAGUCCAUCUGUUCCCAGUGAGAUGCCUGCUUCUUAUGCUUUCCCAGGAAUGGAUGUGCAUUAUCAUAGUUGGGACCAUCAUUCAUCUUCUUUCCCUGUGACAAGCAGUCGUGUUGGUACUGCUGAUCAGUCCUUGAUUCCCUCUGUUACUCAGAGAGCUGCCAGAACCAAUGCAGAUAUCCCAAGACCAGGAUCGUUUGUCCCUCCAUUCCUUGUUAGUCACGGUUCUGCUGCUAGAGCUGGAAGUUCAGUUGCCUCACCAAUGAUACCUCCUUAUCCUGGAAGCGCAGCUCGGACCCGUGACCGCGUUCAGGCUCUUCAAGCAUAUUUUCAGCAACCAAGUAAUUCACCAGCUGUACGUGCUCCUGUUAUGUCUGCUACGAGACGAUCCAGCAGUCAUAGAGGGAUGGCUCAAGUAGGGCCAGUUGCCUCAUCAUCUGAUCAGGCCGGUGGCUUCUACUUCUAUCCUUCAGGUUCUUCAGGAAGAAACUUUCAAGAAGCAGAAAAUCCUGUAUCCAACAGAUAUUGGGAACGGGAACACUUGCCUGACUUCCCCUUGAGUCAGGUUGACAGAGAUCCUAUUUGGGGACCCUUUCAUCACACUGGUGUUGGGUCUGAUACUGGUAGCCGAUCUGGCAGCUACCGCCCGAGGCAUGGAUCUUGGAGGAUGCCAUCCCAGAAUCGGUCAUGAAUUUCUUGUGCUGUUUUGAUGAGAACUGUGAUCACUGUGAAAUGAACCCAAUUUAUGUAUGUUUGAGAAAACAAUCAUAAUGGUUGGAGUCUUGUCAAUCUGGCAGGUUCAAACUGUUUUGUGGCCAUGAAAUGACCCCUUUUUUAUGGCCAUGGGUUGUGUGAUGGGGCGGUGGUGUCCUCUUGUUUCUGUGCCAUGUGGGUUAUAAAUAACAUCACAAUGUUAAUGGCAAAAGUUCAAGCUAGUGGUUGCCUCUAUUA